UCACUUAAUUCUCAAGCAACCAAACAAAAACAGUCAACUAAUCCACCAUUUCACCGACGACGACUCACUUUCUCUCUCCUCUCGCGCACACUCUCUUCUAAACAGUUACAUUACAGGCUUACAGCAUCAGCACAGCUACUUUCUCUCUCUAGAAAUAAAACCAGCGAUUUCAAUGGCGGAAGAGAAGGAGUCGACUUCUGUUCCUUUGAGCCAAGAUGAUCCUGAAGAUCCUGCUAAAGCUCCUCUCACUUCCUCUAAUUCUUCUUCUCGCGAGGCUUGCUGCUAUGUCCUCCAGAGCUGGGUUUCCAAAAAGUUCAUGACUGGAUGUGUAGUGCUCUUCCCUGUUGCAGUCACCUUCUUCAUUACUUGGUGGUUUAUUCAGUUUGUAGAUGGUUUCUUCAGUCCUCUAUAUGAGGGACUCGGGAUUGACAUAUUUGGAUUAGGUUUCAUCACUUCGUUAUUGUUUGUGUUUCUUGUUGGUGUUUUUGUUUCUUCAUGGAUGGGUGCUACUGUUUUCUGGCUUGGAGAGUGGCUGAUUAAAAAGAUGCCUUUUGUUAGGCAUAUAUAUUCAGCGUCCAAACAAAUUAGCUCUGCAAUUUCUCCAGAUCAAAAUACUACUGCAUUUAAAGAGGUAGCAAUAAUUCGUCAUCCACGUGAAGGUGAAUAUGCAUUCGGCUUCAUCACUUCAACUGUCACACUGCAGAGGGAUGAUGGUGACGAAGAGUUGUGUAGUGUAUAUGUUCCAACCAACCAUCUGUAUAUUGGAGACAUCUUUCUGGUCAAUUCAAAGGAUGUCAUCAGACCAAAUCUCUCUAUUCGCGAAGGCAUAGAGAUAAUUGUUUCAGGAGGAAUGACAAUGCCACAAAUCAUAUCACCUGUUGAAAGAACACCGCGACAAAGUGACAGAAUCCCAUUGAAUCGACUGUCAACAUAAUGAUGAGGUUUAAGGAAUGUCUGUUUACAAGUCUUGUGAUGUUUGAUUACCAAUAUGUGAAGAUAGAUAAUUGCGUGCAGAUUAUCCGAGAACAGAUUCGUUUUGUGCGCUGUGAUUCCAUGAGUAAAUCAGUGUUGACAUUUGAGAAUUCUCUAUUUGUUUCUACUUACUGGCAAGUAUACUGUCGUUCCUGUUGUAUUGACCUCUGUACCUGUGACUGUAGUGUAUAGGAUAUAAUCAUGUAAAGGUUAGUGAUUAAUUCGAGCUCUCCUCUUUUCUUAUGCUGCUGGUUAGUGCAUGUAUUUUUUAAAACGAUGGUGUCCUAAAUUAUUGCUUGUAAUUUUUCUUCGCUACAGGAUGAAUAGAUUUUUUUGUACCGGAAUGAAAUGUGUCCUAAAUUUGCUAGUCUGA